AUGACUCCACGUCGGGCUGGCGAGGGGGAAACGACGGAAGCGACGGGAGUAAGGUCUCCACCGCGGAGCAAGGCGCGUUUGGGGUCGCCGCGUAAAGAGGGCGGAAGCGAGGGAGGGAGCGAGAGCUGUGGCGGGAGUGCCACCGUGGCCUCCGUCGAGAAGGUGGUUACGCGUGCUGGGUCGCCGCGUAACGUAGGGGGUACAGAGGGAGGGAGCGGGAGUUGUGGCGGGAGUGCCAACGUGGCCUCCGCUGAGAAGGUGGUUGCGCGUGCGGGGUCGCCGCGUAACGUAGGGGGUGUUGAGGGAGGGAGCGGGUGUUGUGGUGGGAGUGCCUUAGUGGCCACCACCGUGAAAGCGGCUGCGCGUACGGGGUCGUCGCGUAACGAGGAAGGUAGCGGUAGUGGGAGCGUUGCCCAUCCGUCUAGUACGGUGGGCAAAGGAGUGGGCGUCGCGAAGGAGGGCGCUGCGAAAGUUGUCACUCGUGUCGCGAGUGGCAAUAAGGAGGGAACGCGGGCUCUUCCAAGGGGAGCUGUUGUUGUUGGGGGUGGGGCAGUCAGCCAUGUGGCGGCUGCAAAGCGUAUUACUGGGGAGCUCAAUGAGCUGGUCUUUGAGGCCAAGGGCUUUGAGAGGGAGACCGCGAAGGGGCUGUUGGAGCUUGCCUCAAAGUAUGAGGCGCUCCUGAUGACGGUAAUUACCGAAAAUGCCCAUCUUCGCGGUCAGGUCAAUGCCGGCUCCGUCGGCACCGAUGCCUCCGCCUCCUGCACCUGUGCUGGAUGCGAUCACACCGGUGACGCCGAAGCCUGUGGAGACCUGGUCGGUUGUGGUAAGGAGUAA